AUGGCUAGUUGCGUUACGCUUGGCUCGGAAAUACGAAGCAAGAGGGGUCGGUCGGAUUUAGGGUUGGCGCGAGGUUGCGGCCGCGCCGCAGAGGCGCGUGCGAGAGCCAGUGAAUCUUUGAUGGUGCAGGUCGAAGCGGCCAACCCUCCGCUAGCCGAAGCAAGCUUUCCCACGAGGAAUCCGGGAAUGGCCAGCAACGGGCACGAUGUAGAAGUUGAGAGACGCGAGAUCGAUAGUACGAAGAGGGGACGUUCCCGCGGAACAAGAGUAGAAGGUCAAAGCAGAACGUUAAAUCGAACUUUUUCUCGCGGUGCCGUUGCAGGGAAGGUGUCGCUGUCGAACUUUUACCCUCCGUUUAAUGGAUAUUCCAACCGCGUGUACGACUUUGUCCUACAAUCUCGCGCGACUCGCGCCUCGCGAGACAAACUUCACCGAGGGCAAGGGAAAAAGAGAGACGGAGUUCAAUACGAAGUUAAAGUCCACUUUUUCCACGUAAACGUGUCACCGCCACUUACUCUGGCGCCAUCGAGCCGCGACCUGUGA